UUGGGUGGAAAAAAAGAGGCGCUGGGAAUGACGUCACGAUCUACGGGGAGACGCUCUACCUUAGACAUACAAUAAAAGGUAUAUAGUGUCGGUAAAGAAAGUGUCAGGCAUCUUGAUUCUCUCGACUGCGUUUUUUUCCUUUCUGCAUAACGCAAGGACACUGACAAAAAUAUGAAACCAGCAUGUAGUGACUAGGACUGAAUCCUGAAGGUGGAUCAGGUAGCGAGUUUAGAUGAAGCAUGAAGAGCCCAGUCCACCGAUGCAGAGAUGUGGAGCACACCCGAGGACAGGCUGGGCAAGGAUCCAAUUGCCUUCAGCCUGAACACCGCAUCCCUAUCUCCAAAGAUGUUAUCACUUCCUCGUCUGCCUCUGCCAUGUGGUUCAUAAGGGACAUCUGUGGCAUCGUCUGUGCCAUUAUCACUUGGCUGCUGGUAUUCUACGCCGUGUUUGUGGUGCUAUUCGUUUUGCUGUUGCCCUCCAAAAAUCUAGUGUACAGCAUUGUGAACGGAUCUGUGUUCAACUCACUGGCCUUUCUUGCACUUGCCUCACACCUCAGGGCCAUGUGCACCGACCCUGGAGCAGUACCAAAAGGGAAUGCAACUAAGGAAUACAUAGAGAGCCUUCAGCUAAAACCAGGCCAGGUGGUUUACAAGUGUCCCAAGUGCUGCAGCAUCAAGCCUGACAGGGCUCACCACUGCAGUGUCUGUAAACGCUGCAUAAGAAAGAUGGAUCACCACUGCCCGUGGGUCAACAACUGUGUUGGGGAGAACAACCAAAAGUACUUUGUGCUUUUCACAAUGUACAUCGCGCUCAUCUCUCUUCACUCUCUGAUCAUGGUGGUUUUUCAUUUUCUCAACUGCUUUGAAGAUGAUUGGACAAAGUGCAGUACCUUCUCUCCACCAGCAACUGUCAUCCUUCUCAUCCUCCUGUGCUUUGAGGGCCUCCUUUUCCUCAUCUUCACAUCUGUGAUGUUUGGAACCCAAGUCCACUCCAUCUGCACCGACGAGACAGGAAUCGAGCGUCUGAAGGGGGAGACAGGAAAGUGGGGGAAGGUGCCAUGCUGGGAGGCCAUGGAGAUGGCCUUUGGUGGCUCUUUCUCCCUGUCCUGGUGCAGUCCCUUCUCCGGCCUAAGCUGUAAGACUAGUCCUCCCGCACACAGUAACGUUCCACAGGGGGAGAUCAUCGAGGAGGACGUCAUUGAAAUCCCACUCAACUAGAGAAGCAGGGCAGAUGAACUCAGUUGAACCUUCCAGCGAUUUCUGUGUGCUUUUCUUUCAUAUUCUACAAGUAGCUUAGUGAAGAUGUCCUCUUAUAUAUCAACUUUACCUCAUAAGGUUUAUGUAACGGUCCACCAAACAUGUAAAAUACCACUCAGUUAGUAUCUUGUUCUGUAAAUAAAUUUGGUCACGGCAGGCAGCAUGCACAUGCCUGAUGGUCCAUCUGGUGGGUCACCAAAUCCUCCCAGAGUGGAGGUCAGCAUGGCCAUUUUUGGUGACAGUUUGUCAUUUUCACUUUACAGAUAUAAAAAGGAUAAUAUGACCAGUUUCUCCAAAGUGCAAUAGCCAGCCACUUUUUAAGCAAAGCAGUUGAAGGUGCUACUGAGGACUUGGUUCAGUGGGAUGCUGCUUAUGUGCAACACCGUAGCACAAUCCUCACACAAGUUCCUGGUGUAACCACAAUUUAAAUGCACUUCAACGUUAAAAUAUGGGCUAUAUAGGCGGUUUUAUGGUUCACCUUCAUAAAUUUGCAGUGGAGUAUUUUCUGCUUUUCAAGGUCAUAAUUGUAAAUCGUCCAAAUUAUUUUGUUCUAUUUGUAAAGUGAAAACAGCGGCUGGAUGUGUCAUAAAUACAAUACAUGGACUGCGGCUCGCCAGCCGGUCAGCGAGCUUCCUCAGGGGACCACUGGUCACAACAGAACUCUAACCCUAAUGCUGCUCGAGAUGUGCUGCUGAAGCAGGUUUUGUAACGUCAACCACUCUGUGCCUUAUGGGUCUUCGACAGACAAGGUCCCAACCCUGUGUUGUUUUGAUCCUUGACCUUUUUGUUGCAUGACUAUUACCUUGCACAUGUCCUUCUUAGAAGAUAACAGAGAUUAACUGAAUUUGAAUUUUGGAGUUUUGAAUGGAUGUGGAGGAGACCGCAGAUGCUGCUGGUUGGUGGGGGUGGUGAAUUCUAAUAUGCACUACACAAUUUUACAAGAUGUACUUUCCGCUUUGUUAACACAACAUAUUUAUGAACUCAUCUCAAGAGGGCAUAGCCAUCAAUAAAGUGAAAAGUGGGUCUUUGACUCAGUGGGAUUCUUGUUGAUGUUGGCAUACAAAUGCAAUUCGAAGAAAUACCGCAGUCAUUGUUGAUCCAAGAGUUUGGUGUCCACGUUCCGCAAUGUUCGGUUUCCUUAAACGGCCAGGAGAUGUUAGCUGAUGUCUUCUGCUGAAAAGACUGGGACUUCCUCUUCAAAAUUCCUCUAUUUUGGACAAGGUUUUCCAACCUCUGGGUCUUGAACAAAUAGCAGCUCUCAUGGGUUUCCUUGUGGCCGUGCAUCCGUGAGGGUUUUUUAGGCCUGUUAGCUCUGGCCAAGGAACCUUUUAGAAUCCAAGUGACUCUGACACUGCUGUUUUAGCGUUUAACUUAUGCUGUUGUUCUAAAUAUUCUUCAAUUCAUGGGCUAAAUUUAUUGUCCCACCUUUUGGUUUCCAAAUAAAAUAUUUUUUGCAUCGUCAUUUGUUUUUAUUGUUCCAAAGUCAGUAAUGGAUAAUAAUUUAUUGCAAGUUGUUUCCAAAAACAUUCUUAUUGGGUCAUUUAUGUUGCUAAAGUCACUUUCUAACAGCAGCACUGGAAAUGAUGGAAGCUCUUGCAUUAGAAAGAAAAACAAUCUGUACAACCAGAAGCACACAGCUUGUGUUUGUUCAUCCCCUUAUGUUUGUGUGUCCACAACAUAAUCGAUUCCAUCGUGGGCCAAUCACUGACCAGCCUGCUCCCUCAGGUCCUCAGGUCAGAGACAUGGUCAGCUGCAGGAAAGUCCAUCAAAGAGUAUGAACCUGUCUGAACUCCUGCAGUACGUUGCAUUUGUUGGCAGAACAGUGGCUGGGUCUUUGGAGCAAAGAGACAUAAGUCUAACAGUUGGAGCAGUGUUAAAGUUGAGAGAUGCUAAGUCCUCUCAUUAUUUGACUUUUUUGUCCUGGUCCUGGGGCGAGGAUCCAUGGAGAAUUAAAAGCCCACACAGAGUGAUGGUGAUGCCAACCCACCACAGAGCUGCCUGAGCCUCUCCAAAGAGCCACCGCCCGAGUGCAGCCUGGUGGGUCAGAGGGAGAAAAAAACAGACGUUAUAAUCAGUCACAGCCCUGUCAGGAGAAGGGCUUUUGUCCGCUCACCGAAGCGAUGAAGUUGGUCGCAGUGGUGGUGACAGUGGCUGUGGCUGAAGAGGAGCAGUGUCGGAGAGCCUUAGAGAAGAGGUUCCACAUUACAGUGUUGCUGGUCAAGAGUAGCCCUCCACACAAGAGCCGCAGGGGGAGGUGGAGCUGGAAUAGAAGUUGACUAUUCAGAAUGUCCCACUGUUACUGUGAAGUCUUGAAGCAGUUCCUCAUGUUUCACAACUCCUAACGUCUUUGAGCGUGUGGUGAUUCAAAGUGGUCUGUCAAAUAAGCUAUAUAACUUAUAAAUGGGUUAGAGAUCACACCAACUGUACCUGUUACUGUGUGCGAUUACAGUACAGUCAUUCAGGUUCUCAAGUCUGAAAGAAACAUCCCUUGUAUAUUUAAGCACCUCCAGAUGCUCAAGUAGCUCAAGACGUCAUCAACUCACGCUGACCCAUCACCUUUCAUUUGAUUUACAUAUCAAGAUGCUACGGUGUUAGUACACUUAAUACAUGUGAAGACUGCCCCAACAUUCUGCACAUUUCUUUCCGAUUUCGAUUAGUAUUUUUUAACCUUGUGUAACCGGCUAAAGACUUAGUCAAAAGAACUGCCAAACUUCAAACUUGUUUUGUCGCGUGAGCGUCUGUUUCCAGUGAUGAAUGAGUAGACCUGUACAUUUAUAAGACGUUGCUUCCAGAAUCUAAACUAUUACCACUUCCAGCUGGAGCUGAACUACGAACUGCUAACCUGAGUUGAGUGUUUGGAAUUUAGACGACCAAACAUAUCAGUCCUCGUAUGUGAGAGGAAGCAGGGAGUCGCUUCAUUGGCAAGUACAAACCCAGUCGCAGGUUCCUGUUUGGAUUCCGGACCAGCCGCUGAGGCUGGACUCACACAUUAGGACCAGGUGGUCUGUCCCGAGAGACAGCUUCGCUAACAGAGACGAGGUAGCACCGAGGAGUCCCGCUAAAGCAGCAUAGAACGAUCCUGAAGUCAUCUUGUUGAAUUGAGACUCUCGCUUCCGUCAGAGUUCUUCUCAACGCGGGGAUAAGAGUUGUUUUGAUAGUCAAGUUAUAAUGUAUGAAGCAAUGGAUGUCUUCAAAAUAAAAUAGAAAACGGAACCUGUUGAUACAAAUCGAUCUUACUUUACAUUAUUUUUAUUACUAUUUCGAUCGAACAAAUAAUUACACUACUAUGCAGACAAGUACAUUAUUUCAUGGACAGUUGUGGAUGUACA